AUGGAAAUCGCUAGAUUAGCAUGUUGGUCUAUAAGCUUUUCUUUUCUUUUUCUUAUCUAUCUAUCUAUCUAUCUAUCUAUCUAUCUAUCUAUCUAUCUAUCUAUCUAUCUCAGUUACUUGAUAUCUAUCUAUCUAUCUAUCUAUCUAUCUAUCUAUCUAUCUAUGUCACUCUGUUCUGGUCUAUGCAUUUCAGUUUGUUCUGAUCUAUCAGCCUGUCUAUCUAUGUAUCUAUCUGUUUGUAUCUCUCUCAAUCUAUCUGUUUGCAUCUCUCUCUCUCUCUCAGUCUUUCUAUCUACCUAUCUGUAUCACUCUCAGUCUCCCUCUGUAUCAAUCUACCUAUCUAUCUAUAUCUAUCUAUCUCAAUCUAUUUGUUUAUAUUUCUCUCUCAAUAUUUCUAUCUGUUUGUAUCUCUCUUUCUCUCUCUCUCUCUCUCUCUCUCUCUCUCUCUCUAUCUUCAUCUCUCAAUCUAUUUGUUUGUAUCUCUCUCUUUCUCUCUCUCUCUAUCUAUCUGUAUCUCUCUCGGUUUCUCUCUCUCAUUCAAUCUAUCUAUGUUCCUAUUUCAAUCUGUUUGCAUGUCUCUAUCAAUCUAUCUUGCUAUCUGUAUCUAUCUAUCUAUCUAUCUAUCUAUCUAUCUAUCUGAGUCGCUUCAUAACUCUCAUCUACCUUUCUAUAUUAGCCUAUCUAUCUAUCUAUCUAUCUAUCUAUCUAUCUAUCUAUCUCAUUCGAGGUCAGACUCCAUUUAAUAGCUUUCUUCUUCUAUAUUUAUUUCUUCCAUGA